CGUCGGUGUUUGUUUGAAGAGCAACAAAAACACAAAAGCCUGGAACUUUUCGCAGCACAAGUUUAGUGAUUUAAUUUAGUGAUUAAAAGUAAAACGCGGGGUCUUAACGCACAAAACCCAUCGGCAGUUCUUCCAGCGUUGUUAAGUUAACGUUUUGCCGGAAUAGAUUCCCUUGGAAUCGUGCGUGGCUCGGUAAAUUUGCCGGGUUUGCUCUUCGUUUUUACCGGAUUUUUUGUGUUCCGGCUCGCGCUCCAGCAACCACAUCAACAGCGGCCGAGUGUUUAGUCUGGAAUCGAAAUUAGAGCACGAUGGCCAUCAAACCAGGCAUGGGAAGGAAGUCUUCCAACAAAAAUCCUCCCUUCUUCAGCCAUGAGUUCGUCAUUCAAAACCACGCGGAUAUCGUUUCUUGUUUCGCGAUGAUCUUCGUUGUGGGAAUUAUGCUUCAGCCGACACAGUCACUAGCUAGCACCUUUAUUGCCUUACGCCACAAUGUAUCCGGAGCCGAUCCAACGCAGGAGAACCCGAUGGGCAUCCAGUACUUGUAUACGUCCGGCUGGAAGGAUGCCUGUGCCGUGUUUUUCUACACGCUCAUCUGCAUCAUCAUGCACGCUGUCCUGCAGGAGUACGCGUUGGAUAAAAUUUCCAAAAAACUGCAUUUAUCGAAGUUCAAACUGUCACGCUUCAACGAAUCCGGCCAGCUUGUAGUGUUCUACGCGAUGUCCUUCCUCUGGGGGUUGGACCUGAUCGUGCGUGAGCAGUACUUUGGCAACUUGCAGCGACUGUGGGAAGGCUAUCCGGAGCACCCGAUGAUCUUUCUGCACAAACUGUUCUUCAUCAUCCAGCUGGCCUACUACGCUCACAUGCUGCCCGAGCUAUACUUCCAGAAGGUGAAGCGUGAUGAGCAGAAACCUAAAAUCCAACAUGCGCUCGGCGGUCUGUUUGUCAUCGGCACCGCAUACUUCUUAGGCUUCCAGCGUAUUGCCCUGGUUCUGCUGACACUGCACUACUUCUGUGAGUUUAUCUCGCACUCGUUCCAGUUGAUUAACAUUUUUGAUAAGGAGGAAAAGUUCGUAAAACUGCGACUGAUCCAUAACGUGCUGUUUAUCCUAACCCGUUUCGCCACGAUGGUAUUGGCCUUCCUUACGCUGUUCUACAGCAUCGAUAACAUUACGCAAACCACGCGCGCCCUCAUGCUUUCGAUGGUGUUCGGACUGCAGGGAUACCUGAUUUUCGACUUUAUUUCGAAUGUGCUCCGCUCAAAGCGGGAAAGCUCAUCGGAAGAGCGCACUAAGGUGACGGUCGGCGCAAACAAGACUGAAAAACCGAAAAAACAGAAAAAGAAGGAGAGUGAUCUGCCGGAAGCCGACCAAAACUCCGCACCGUCCUCACCAACCGCCAGCGGUAGCGCCAGCAGUGGCAAGGUGCGCAAGGUGAAAGUCAAGUAACAGCUUACCGCCGCUGUCGACCGUGAAGCCGUAUUUCUCCAUCCAUCGUUUGGCCGCUCGCUUCGCUUCCUUUUGAAGAACAAUACGUAAUACUACAGUGCAACAGGGAAGGAUGAACAAAACCGCCACAGGAACAAAACCGACAAAGCAUAAGUUCAUGCUACGGGUAGUCGCACAGUUUGAUUAUCUCUGUGGCAGGGCGCGCAACGGCCUACACGUAUUGGCGUCUUCGUUUUGCGUGGCGAUCGUAUUAAUACUUAUUUCGCUAUUUUUUGCCUUUCAAUUGUUCAAAUGAAUUCGCGUUUUUUUUUUCGUUUUUCGCCGUACAAGACCACUGUCCGUACAAACCAGAUCCUUCGACAGUCUCUUUCCCUCUGUACCCAACCAACUACCGGGUGGAGGGAGUGCAUUUAUCUUAAAGAUAAUCUUCCAUUAGAGACGAGUGAAGGGCUCUGAGAGUUACGCAUCGUGUUAAUCUAUCUGCGUUCCAACCGUCUAUCAAAUGUUUUGUAUAAGAUCAGCAUUUUUUUUUGUUUUGUUCACUCUAAUACAGGUAAUUCUUACAUAAAGACA